AUGUCUCCAAAAUUUCUAAAAAUAUCCCUAAAAAAAGUUCUACUGCUCCCAAAAUUGUUUGUAAAGAAAACCAAUAUUAAUAGUAACGAGGAACGAAAAAAAAAACAAGAGAAAGGCUACUAUUCGGAGGUGAUUAAUUUAUUAAAUUCAAACGGUUUUGAUGUGGAAACGGUUUUGAUGUUGAAACUUUGGAAAAGCUCCAAAUAUUUACUGUUAAAGUUUCCUUCGAAGGAUACCUCUUUUUUCUUAUCAUCUGGUAAAAUUAAAUAUUUUGUAGAACAUGUUCAUGUAAUCGUAUGUAAAUCGUUAGACAAUCAAAGAUUUGAUAAUAUAGAAAAAUUUAAAGAAAUAACUAAAUUAGAACUUAAAUAUAGUAAUUGUGAAGGAGAAAGAUGGAUUAUUAGCCAUAUAAUAGAAUAUUUUUCUUAUCAAUAUGCAGGAAUGGAUGUAAAAGAAACAAAUUCAUUUGGAACUUACAUGAGAGAGAAAGUUAAAAAUAUUAAACUUUUGAUCAUUAUUGUCAAGAGUAUUAUGAU